AGUACGACAAUAUAGUCUAUAAAACUAUUUGUAAAUUAUAAUUUUAGAUUUCAUUAGUCCGCUAGACACCAUUAACUCAAAAACAGUUCAUUAAAACAGUUAUUAUGUCGGAAGAACUUUCCAAGGAUCAGAUAGCAUUACUCAAAAAUGCUUUUGAUACAUUCGAUGUGGACAAAAAAGGGAGUAUUGGAGUUGUCAUGAUUGGCACCAUUUUGAGUAUGUUAGGAAUCCAAACCACGGAAGCAAUGCUAGCUGAAAUCAUUGCAGAAGUUGAUGAAGAUGGAUCUGGUGAACUGGAAUUCGCGGAAUUCGUAACUUUAGCUUCAAGGUUUAUGGUGGAAGAAGAUGCUGAAGCAAUGCAACAAGAAUUAAAGGAAGCCUUUAGAUUAUACGAUAAAGAAGGUAACGGAUAUAUUACUACAAGUACCUUAAAGGAAAUCCUUAAAGAACUAGAUGACAAACUUACUUCCGAUGAAUUGGACAUGAUCAUAGCUGAAAUUGAUACUGAUGGCUCUGGAACUGUAGAUUAUGACGAAUUUAUGGAAGUGAUGACCGGAGGUGAUGAUUAAAAAAAUUAUAUAUUUUUUUUAAAUAACUAAAUAUGUUACGAUAAAAGACAUACUAAAAGACAUACCAAAAUGUAUUGUUUAUUAAUUUAAAUACCUAUGUAUUUCUUGACAAAAUGGUGAAAGCAGUUUUAAUAUACGUAUUA